UCAUUUUAAAGCAGAAGUUCAUUAACCGUCACUUUUAUUUAGCACUAGCUAGCGUUAAACACUCGUCAAAUAUAAUUGCUGUUCAAUUUAAUGGACUAGCUGUUUAAGGUGGCCGUCUGGAAAUAAACUAAUGAAGAAGAUGUGAAGUAAUGCAGACUCCAAACGGUUUAGCUGUUUUACUAUGAGCUCCCUGUCGGCCCAGCCUCAGGCUUCAAGCUCGUCAUGCAGGACGCUUCCAGGAGAGGGUAAUCAGAUGAAACCUAAAGCCCCUCUUCUGCAGAUCUUGCGUGUGGCUGGAGCAAAGGAGGAUGUAUUCACUCUCAAAGAGGUGAUGCACUAUCUGGGUCAGUACAUCAUGGGGAGGCAGCUAUAUGACAAGCAACGGCAGCACAUAGUCCACUGCCAGGAUGAUCCUCUGGGGGAGCUUCUGGAAGUUGAAAGCUUCUCUGUCAAAAAUCCGAGCCCGGUGUAUGAAAUGCUGAAGAAGUACCUCAUUGUGCUUGGCUGUGACGCUGCAGAGAAUCUUUCUGUGGGCCGUGAGUGUGUAGAUGGCGGAGUGGAGGAUCGUGGUCAGAUGUGUGAGGGUGUGGUUAAAGCAGGAGUGGCGGCCAGAAGCGAUGGGCCUCUUCUGCCGACCCCCUCUCAAAGACGACCUCGUGAUCCAGACGACGAGUCCCUGGACGGCCUCCCACGAUCAGCCUGCAAACGGCCCAAACUUGACGUCAGUCUGGAAGAGUGGGACCUCUCUGGUCUGCCCUGGUGGUUUCUGGGUAAUCUCCGUAACAACUACAGCCGCAGGAGCAAUGGCUCCACUGACAUCCAUACAAACCAACUGUCUCUUGCACAGGAGGAGGACACGGCCAUCGUUUCAGACACCACCGAGGACUUGUGGAUUCUGACAGAGGGAGAGAGCGAACAGGUUAGCGUGGAGAUGAAGGAAGCUGCCUUGGAAGAGGGAAGUGGAGGAGAAGAAGGUUCUCUGGAUGAUGACUAUGGAGGAAAGGAGGAAAAAUCAGACAAAGAGAUGCAAGAAGAACCAGAUGAAGAGUCUCAGUGUUUGAGUGACGACACUGAUACAGAGAUCUCCACGCAGGACGCAUGGCAGUGCACCGAGUGCAGGAAAUACAACACACCGCUGCAGCGCUACUGCGUUCGCUGUUGGGCUCUCCGAAAAAACUGGUACAAAGACGUUCCCCGGCUGGCUCACUCUCUUUCUGUCCCAGACAUCCCAGCCUGUAGCCUUCUCUCUGCCCACGACGAAGAAGACGACAGCGACGCCGGCAUCGACGUCCCAGACUGCAGCAGAACGGUGUCGGACCCCGUCAUCCUGCCCUCCCACUCCACAGCUGACCGACCCAUUCCCACAGCAGGUAUGGGCAAAGGCAAAGGGCCGAUGCCUUCUGGCUUCCACCGGGAGGCUCAGCUCUCAGAGGGGGAAAGCCAGGAAAGCCUGGGCAUGGAGGUCCAGGAUGUUCGGCCGGAGGCGCUGCGGGAGCCCUGCAAGCUGUGUCGAGUGCGUCCUCGUAACGGAAACAUUAUCCACGGGCGAACGGCUCACCUGCUCACUUGUUUCCCAUGUGCACGGAGGCUGCAUAAGUUUCAGGCUCCUUGUCCAGGGUGUGGGAAGAUUAUUCAGAAUGUUAUUAAGAUAUUUAUCCUCUAAAAAGCACAUGAAGGGAUCUGUAGGGGUUAGGGACCUAAAUAGAAACACAACACACAGAUAAACACAU